UCGUAAAUAAUACUGUGGACCAAAGUAGGUAGUGCCGCACCAGGGUAUGCAGCGAUUUUGUAAAUGCUCAAAAUUCUGUAGUGUUUUUUAAAGGUCUAAAUCGUUGACUCAAAGGUCUAAAUUUUCACUUGGAGAUUUUCUCGUUUCUCGGUGUUAAUAAUUUUCAUACUAUGCUGGGUCCAGUUAAAAGCAGUCUGGUUCGUCAUCGAAGUCGACGACGUUCCUCCAAUAAAACUAAAAAGUACUGGACGUUCGAGACCAUUACGUACAUGGAGUACGUUGCACAGGAAUUUACAAAAGAUGUACUGUGGACACUUCCUUUAGAAGAAUUAAUUAAAUUCCUUUCAACUUGCGCCUCAAAACUCAACGUCGCGCUACGCGAACAGCAUCUAAUCGAGGAGCAACUGCAACAGUGGGGCAUCUCCGAUUCGACUGAAUCGAAUGGUAACACUUCAGCCAGUUCAGCCAAAACAGCGAGGAGAUCUUCCUCACAAGAUGAAUCAGAAUCGUCUCAAGAACAGAACUUCACUUUGAAGGACAGCGAAGAGAUGUGCGCAAAAUUGGAGGAAUUGAAAAAGGCCGAGCUGAAGUCGGAUGAAAGGAUCAGUGAUAACCAAAGGAGUGCUAUCUUGGGUGUUCUUCGAACUAUUUUCAGUCACGAGACCCGAUUUUCUACCGAAGAACUACGUAAUAUUUUGACGAAGCUCAGUGAUAUACUCCCAUCUUUGAAUAAACAUUUUUCUAAAUGCAUACGCAUGUAAACAAAUUAUUAACAGAUAUUUGCUAAUGAAAUCCGUAUUUUGUUCCCCGUAAUGCAUAAAUCAUUCAUUUAUCGUAGUAAUAA